AUGAAGUCUCCUGUUCAACUGGGAGAGGAGAUUGCGCUUCCUGUUUCCUCCUCCAAUGGCUCUUUGGAUGUGUCUGUCUUGUCCAUGGACUCUUCUUGUGAUUCCCGUUCCUCCUUCAGCUCCAGGGACCCUCCUCCAAGGCGAAAGCCUUCCCAGGAUAGAUUAGCUGCUGGUAUGCAGGUCUAUCGUCGCAGAAAGUCGAAUGUCAAGUACAACUUCAAAGGAACCAGCAAAUCGCGAUGGACCAAUACUAUGGAGGCCAUCAGCAGCGCUGGCAUGACGUCCGUACCUUUCCGCAAACCCAGCAACCCUCGUCUGGUCAACAUGAACCAUGCUCCCCAUCGACAAAGCGACAAUGCCGCCAGUCUUCCCUGCCGCAAAUGCAGCGAUCCUCGUCUCUACAAGUUGGUGGAUGCACCAGCCAACGCACCCACACGCCAAUUCAGCAAUCCGUGCUUCCAUUUGGGCGGCUUGGGCAGUCCCCGACAAGGCAAGGCCAUCACAGCAGCUUUGAAACAAGUGUUCAACAACAGGACCUCUUCCUUAACUUCCUCAAGCUCAUCCUCCGCCAACUCCAACUUUCGCUGGAAGAGUGGAUCUCAGUUAUGUGCACACCCUCCACGCCGCCACCAGAAGCCUCUCAUCAGCAAGAUCCAGCCAAGGAAGAAUCGCAGAGGUUCUCUCAUGGACUUUAGCAUUCUCUCCUCCCGGGAUGCUCCUCCGUGCAAGUGUCCUCUCAAUGACAGUUGGCCCACUUCGACCACGGAAGGGCUCGAUAACUCAGAGCAUUCCACUGACACCAUGCCUCCACCUCUUCCCACCCGCAAGGAGAGUCUCAUGGACUUUGCCGAAGCUCUCUCCACGCCGGCUAACUCGGGAUACAGCCUCCACAAACCUUCCGUGCCACUUCGAAGUGUUAGCAUCCUGCCACCACUCCCACAGUUUACCAGGCAAAAGAGCGCCGCCUCGGCCCCCAUCAUUCCUGCUCGACAGGAGAGCCUCAUGGACUUGAAUGACUAUUAA